AAAGUAUCUAUCCAAUGCAUGGAUGGAUGCUACGGAUGCUCUCGCAGGCCUCACAUUCAGUCUGCCGGCAUCGUCUCUUCUAAUUAGAACGUCAAUUUAAAUAUACGCGAUGCAUUGGAUGCUGUGAUUCAAUUUCUAUAUAAAGCUAAUUUAUAUUCGGUGCAGUCAUAUAUAUAUAUAUAUAUACACACAUACAUAUAUAAAUAUAUUCGACGAUAACUGCUAUCAGCUGCUGCCAAUAAAAUGGUUUACGAAACGUCCUACGAGAGCGGCCGCAAGCCAUUCAAACCAGAUCCGAAUCGUGGAAAAUGGGAAAAGCCAACGGAUUUCAUUUACGCCUGCUUCGGUCUGGCGCUUAAAUUGGAUCUAUUUGUUAUUUCGUAUUGGUUCUAUUUCGACAUGGGCUUGUUUGGCAUGUUACCCUACUACAUCUAUAUGGCUCUCUAUCUGGUGCCCAUUAUGGUCAUACACUCGUUUAUGGGUCAAUUCUCUAGCAGCGGCUUCAUCUCCUCCUUUCGGGUGUCGCCCUUUUUCAAAGGAAUGGGUUAUAUGAGUUUGAUACUAAGUUUGGCGAGUCUAUUGUACUAUGGCAUCUUUGCCAUUGUGCCAUUGAUAUUCAUAGUUCACUCCCUGCGGCCUGCUUUGCCUUGGAGCUGUGAGAACUUUGUGCCCGACAAAAAUGUAACAACUGUUUGUAACAUGUCGGAAAAAGCUGUGGAGACACUUGUGUCCUCGGAUUAUGAUAAUUACAAUGAAUCAUAUUCAUUUACUUUGAUACAUGUGCCAUCCACGAUAUUCUUUCAAAAUCACUAUGAGGGAUCCCGUGAUACUGAAUCCUAUCAUAUGUCCGAAAAUACUAGUUUGUCCUGGCACAUCGUGGGCUACUCAAUUGCCGUUUGGGCCAUAAUAACAUUCAUAUUCUACAAGUUUUCCGAAACUGCUAAGUUUGGUAAAUUGAUUCGCUAUAUGGUGAUCUUCACUUUGGUCUUGUUGCUGAUAUGUAUGACACGAUUCCUCUUUCUGCCGGGCGCCUUGGAUGGUAUUGUUCACUAUAUGAAACCGCAUUUCGAGCAUAUGUUCGAGGGAGGCCUCUGCAUGUCAGUUGUAGUACUGCAAGCUUUCGGAUCCGGCUGGGGCACCAUCAUAGCUUUAUCUAGCUAUAAUAAUUUCAAGACCAACAUCAUGAACUACAGCUGGAUCAUUGCCUUUGGCCAGACACUCGUAUAUAUACUGUUUGGCAUGGUCACCUUUAUGCUAAAACAUUAUUUCGAAACAAUUCGUGCCGAUACUUUCAACUCAUAUGUGGAGGGCAAUUGGGCAUUGUUCUUAUCGACUGCCAGUAUCCUUUCCACAAUGGAAUUUCCCAACUUUUGGACAAUACUUUACUACACCAUGUUAUUGAUGGGCUCACUUAUUGUGAUGAUCACACAGUUAUUUUCUGUAUUUACGAGCCUGUUCGAUGAAUUUGAGAUGCUGCGACACCGCAAACAGGAAGUUAUCUUUGGUACAUUAGGCUGUUUGUCACUCGCAUCCCUGUUCUUUUGUACGACUAAUGGGGCUGAAUAUUUUUCGGCAUUAUCACUGGACGCAAUUAUGACGCACAGCCUGAUGCACUUGAUUUUGCUGCUGGCCAUACUUUGGGUUUAUGGACGUGAGCGUUUCCAGCGCGAUAUCGAGUUUAUGCUUGGAGAACCUUUUGCCUCGUGGAAGAUAUUCAUACUGCGCUUUAUAGCACCCCUAUUUCUACUCUUUGCCUUGGUCAUGGGCAUAUUUAUCUCCUCGUUUGAGCAUGCAUUUAGCUCUGACAUUAUGGUAACCAUGAGCUUGAUUGUGGUGUUGCUGUCAGUGCUCUUCAUUCCCGGCUAUGGCGUCCUGAUAAUGUGCCAGAACACGGGCAGCUUUUGCAAUCGGUUCAGGCGCGCCUGUCGCCCCAACGAUUGGUAUCCCAUUGAAAUGGAGGAUCGCCAGCAGUACGAGGAAGUUGUGGGCAAUGCCGACAUUACACAUCAGCUCUAUGAGGUGACCGAGGAGGUGCAUUGAUAUGAAUUGUGAAGCUGAAAGCAUUUGUUAUUCUUGUUCGCAAUGUAAUAAAAAGACGUUUGAAUUUUGAA